AUGACCUCUACAACUGCAAAUGAAACCUUGAUAGGACCUCAUCCUCCUUCAUAUCAGCAGAUUAUGCUGCCUCCCCUUUAUCCUGAUAAAUUUACUCAACAAAUAACUAUGCCAGAACCAUCUGCAACACUCAAACCUCCACCUUAUGGGUACCCUCAAGUGUUUCCGCAAGGGUUUUGGCCUUACUACUACCCUCGUUACCAUUAUCCUGCAAGGGUUAUCCCGCAGCUGAGUCAGCAGAGGAUCCUACUACAGAUACCCAUGCGCCAACCCAGAAGCCUCAAUUUCCAAAGUACUGAGCUAGCAGAGGAAACUACUAUAGAUGCCCAAGCGCCAACCCAGAAACCUCAGUCUCCAAUAUACCGCCAUAUGAUUUGGCCAUAUCAUCCCACAUCUAAGCCAGCAGAGAAACCUCCAUCAGAUGCCCAAGCACCAAACCAGAAGCCUCAAUUUCCAAAGUACCCCCAUAUGAUUUGGCCAGAUCACUACCCUCAUCAUGGCAAACCAAAGCCCAAUGAGAAAUCAGUUCCCACCACCACAUCAGUUGCCCAAGCACCACCUAAGAAGCCUCAACCUCCGAAGGACCGCCAGAUAUUUUCGGCUGUUCGCCCAGAAACCUCAGAAACCGCAACCCCCAACCCUGGAAGUCUAUUCCCUCAGUAUAGCCAUUACCCCAAUUAUCCUCUUUAUUUACAGCAGUUUUAUCCACAAUACCCAGUGCAGCCUCCCAAAACCAUUACCGCAUCACCUAUAACCACCACUCCUCAACCCUGUACUACAACUGCAGCUGCUGAAUGCAAACCUUCUGCCAAACAGCCUCACAAAGAGCCACCCAAAUACUAUAAACCACCCAGCUAUAUUCAUUAUGAAAAACACCCUUUUAAACUUCAAUUUGUGGAUUUUUGA